CAAACAUAAACUAGAACUAACACCUUCCCAGUCACUUUUCACUUCCGCCCGCCUUGAAGUCAAUACUCCCGGGUCAAUCGCUGUCAAUUCGGCCAAAGCUCCUGAAGAUCUUUGCCAUAGCAUAAUUCCCUUUUGUUCCCCAGUUAUUGGCCACCAAAGAACCCCUCCCUCACUGCCACAUGCCCCCUAAGCAGUCUGCAGCCACCGGCUCCAAGCCUCGUGGUCGGCCACCGUCCAAGACCGGGACCAAAAAUAGCACAGGCGAUGCCGCAUCCAAGAAGGGAUCUGCUGUGCGCAAGUCAGGAGGCAAGACCGUCGUCGACGAGGACGAGCCAGAGGAUGACGAACGGACAGGAGGAACUAAUUCGUCCGACAUCGAAAUGGUCGGCACGAGGGACAAGGAUAAGGACCAAGACAUAGAUGAGUUUGCGUCGGAGGGCGAGGAAGAGCAGCCUAAGAGGAUACCGCCCGAAUUGCUCCGCAGGCUUUUGCACGAGGCCUUUGACAGGGACACGACGCGCGUGUCCAAGGAAGCCAACGCGGCCGUGGCGAGGUACUUUGACAUAUUUGUUCAGGAGGCCAUCGCGAGGACGGCGGCGGAGAGGAAUGGGAGGUUUUUGGAGGUUGAGGACCUGGAAAAGGUUGCACCACAACUUUUACUUGACCUUUGAGGAAUCUUGGAGCCGACUCUUUCUACAGCUUUCACAUCUGUUCCGUUAAGCAGAGGCAUGUUCUGAACAUUAUUAGGUACCCAGAGUACUGGAGAACCUUGGAGAGCAUGGGCCGCCUCCACACGGCCAGCCUCGAGAGCCGUGCAUUCGCUCUACGAGGGGCUCGCCUUUCUGAUCAACCUCAUUCAUUCCAUGUCAAGGUUCAAAAAAGAUCCUUUACCCGUGUUUCUACGCUGCUUGGAGAACAAAACUACUAUAGCGCGUCCGUCCCUACAUGUGGGGGGGGGGGGACAUAUCGCACACAGUGCAUACAGUAUGUGGACAGCAUGCAAAAGACAAGCGGUUCUUUGCAUCAGAUUCUAGUAAUGACCUCAGAUAAAAAAUGCCAAAAAAAUAUUACUCUGAUCAAGGAUUUGGC